AUGAAGAUUUCCAAUUCUGCGGUGCCCGUCUACACUAUCAGCGGCAGCGAAGCCCGCCCUUUGCCCGAAUGGUUGAUCCGACGCAGAAAACGGAGUCUGAAGAACGACCCCGAGUUUGCAAGUCGCGUAGAGUUGCUGCAGGACUUUGACUUUGAAGAAGCCAGUCAGUGCGUGCGAGUCAGCGAAGAUGGCGACUGGGUCAUGUCUACGGGCACAUACAAGACGUUCCGACUUCUUUCGAGCGACUACACCAAAAGCGUCCAUCUCCAAUCCGACAGAGUAAUCGAGUUUCACACUGGAGGCGGCCUCCACUACUCGACCCGCAUACCGCGAUAUGGCAGGGACCUGAUCUAUGACAGGCGGUCAGCAGAAUGCUUGGUACCUUCAGUAGGAGUAAAUGCCGAGGGCCUGGGAGAGGCGUACAGGUUGAAUCUGGAGGUCGGGCGCUUCAUGAGGAGCUACGAAAUAGAUGUAGGAGGGGACGACACUGCCAUGGUUGGCGGCGGAACUCUGCAGGGCGGCAUCAACGCGGGCGCUGUCAACACUGGCGCAAUCGCAGAAGACAGCCACAACCUGCUCGCAUUCGGAACAUCCUUGGGCACCGUCGAAUUUUGGGACUCGCGUUCACGAAACAGGGUUGGUAUACUCUCUGCACCCCAAGACUCGUUCGAAGGAAGGGCAGAGAUCAGCGCCAUGACAUACCACCGAUCAGGUCUGGAAUUGGCCGUUGGGAACUCGAACGGCCUGGUCCACCUCUACGACCUACGAUCACCGCAACCCCUUCUCAAGAAAGACCAAGGAUACGGCUUUGCGAUCAAGAACAUCAUCUACCUUGACUCGAGCACAUCGACGCGCGCCCAGACCGCUGAACCCAAGAUCCUCACAGCAGACAAGCGCAUCAUCAAGAUAUGGAACCCUCAAGACGGCACUGCGUGGACUUCGGUGGAGCCUGCUGUAGACAUGAAUCACGUCGAGUGGGUCAAGGACAGCGGCAUGCUGCUGACUGCCAACGAAGGAAAGCAGCAGCAUUCAUUCUUCAUCCCACAGCUAGGGCCUGCGCCGAAAUGGUGUGCUUUCUUGGACAAUAUUGUGGAAGAAAUGGCAGAAGACCCCACCGACCCCAACGCAUUCGGCAAGGGUUCAGCUGGCGAAGUCUACGACAACUUCAAAUUCUUGACGAUGCAACAAUUACAGCAACUCAACCUCGAUCAUCUCGUCGGUACUACAAACUUACUACGGCCGUACAUGCAUGGCUACUUUGUGGCACAGAAGCUGUAUGAGGAGGCACGCAUGAUUUCGAACCCCGAUCUCUGGCAAGAACAGCGGGCGAAGAGCAUUGCCGAGAAAAUCAACAAAGAGCGCGAAAGCAGAAUUCGUGGCAAUAAGAAGGUCGCUGUCAAGGUCAACAGGAAGCUUGCGGAGAAGAUACUUGAACGACAGGACAAGGAAGAACGCCGGAGAGCUAAGAGAGUUCUCAAGAAGGGUGGUGACGACGACAUGGUGGACAUUGAUAAGGCACCCGCUGUUGGCGAAGUCGACCCAGAAGCACCGAGCAAGGCUGUUGGUGCUGGAACAAUUCUCAGUGACCCUCGAUUCGCGAAGCUGUUUGAGGACGAGGACUUUGAGGUCGAUGAGCAGUCACACGAGUUUCAAGCGCUCAAUCCCAGCACAAAGAUACCAAAAGGUCUUACAGCGGCCGAACAAGAAGAGUUGGAGCCUCGCAAGGGCUCGUCGGAUGAAGAUUCUUCCGAUUCCGAGACCGAACAGAUUCGGCCGGCCAAGAAGCAGCAAGAGAAAGAUAAUGGCCGCAUCUCCACAUCAAGCUAUAAGAAGGCCGGACACAGGUCACAACGCGGUCCUGAGAUGGUGGUGUCCAACUCAAAUACCAGGAAAGCAGGGCCGGCACGCGACAAGUCAUUUGGUUCUCGCGUGUCGAAGCUCAAGGACAGAGCACCAACAACCAAGAGCACAACCACUGUGGUGGGCGAGCGGGAAAUCACAUUUGCGCCGGAGAAGAAGCAGAAAAAGCGGCCAGAUGAUGCCAAUGGUCAGCGACACGAUCGGAGAAAGGACAAGGACAGGCGAAGCGCAAGUAACAAUGCUUUCCGUGGGAUGUAA